AUGACGAAACUUAGUAACACUGCCAACAGCAAAAUCAAGGUAGAAGAAUCGUGGAGGACGGAAGAAAAAGAAAAUGAUACGCCCAAGAAGUUGUCACAUGGAAUUGCACCCAAGGGUUUCCAUCGCAAGCGCGACAAGGAAGACUCAAGUGUCGUCAAGGUCAAAUUGGAGAAACUCAAGGGAGACAUUGAAACAAGCGUCCUGUCGCAAGGAAUGCAACAACACGCACUUUCCCUAGAAACCAAACGAAAAGCCUUUCGAAAGAAAACAACGCUCAAGUCUUGGCCGUUGCAAGACUUGGCCAUGGAUCACUUGGAUCAUCUUUUGGGGAAGAAUUCUUCGCAACAAUUUCAUGGUGGAGAUCAUUUGUUAUCGGAUUCCUCCAGUUCCAUGGAAUCCAUGGAACACAACAAACGACGACUGUCUCCCAACGACAAAGCUAAAACAGCAACACCAAUAGUGAAACAAGAAACGAACGAUGAAGAAGAAACGACAACGACCUGUACAACAGACGACAUCACCACCAACAUGAAUGAACCUCUAUGGUCUCGAGAACCGCGAAUCUUUGCCACGGAAAAGUCGCAGGGAAAACGAAAAUACAUCGUGGGGCAUUUUGGCCGAGUCGCCGAUUGGUAUUGGCGCAAGGCAAAUUCCAAACAUUUGUACGAAGUGAUUCGGGAACAGACUCCGUGUCGACUCUACUUUGAUUUGGAAUUUUCGAAAACUUACAAUACCGAUAUAGAUUCAGAUCAAUUACUUUUGGAGUUUCGUCAAGAGCUUGCGGCAGAGUUAAUGACGCACUUUGAGAUUUCCCUGGACGCACAGCAAAUAAUAGACUUGGAUUCUUCGACGGACGCCAAAUUCUCCAAACAUUGGAUUGUCGACACUCCAAAUUGCUUGUUUGUAGAUGCCCCAACGGUGGGACGAUUUGUCAAGCGGUUGGUCUCGCGGCUGGCGGAUGAAAUGGCCACGGGGCAUUUGGCUCAACGACAACCCGAACUGGCCAAGCAUUUAUUUGUCAAGACCAAGGAGGAAAAUAAGACAUCCUGCUUUAUCGACUUGGGCGUCUACACACGGAAUCGACUCUUUCGGUGUUUUGCCAGCUCCAAAUUUGGAAAAAAGGCGACAUUGGAGGUUUCUCGUUCCAACAAAUAUCCUCUACAAUUACCACCCAAACAGCCACCCAAGAAAAAUGCUAGUCUACAAGAUUAUAUUGCAGCCAAUGACUGGGAACCUCAUGCGCGAGUCUUGGCCAAAACAUUGGUGGUGCCAUUGUCAUUGCGGGGCGAAACAGACAAACCAAGCAAAAUUCGCAUACUAAGAGUAGAGGAACAAGCGGAGAUGUUUCGUCAAUACAAAGGCGCCGGCAGACCUCGGUGGAAUGAGCGACACAAUAGGCCCGUUCCCAUUCGAACCAGUGCUUCCCCGGUUCCUUCGUUGGACGAGUAUGUGAAUACAGAACUGUCAAGUCGAGGAGGUGUGCAAGGUUCCAUCCGUGUCUGGUCUAUGGAGUUUGGUCCUCGGGAUGUUCCGGUAUCUAUCACCUAUCAGCUCAACAAGAAUCGAUAUUGCGAGCUGAUUGGAAGGUCGCACAAAUCCAACAAUGUCUUUUGGACCAUUGACCUGGCGUCUUGGACUUGCAUUCAAGGCUGCCACGAUCCCGAAUGUUUUGGCCGAGGGACUCCCACCCCCAUUCCAGCAGAUCGUUUGAAACCAAUGCAAGAGGAGUUGCAACAGUGGGAAGAGGAACGCUUUGAAGAAGCCCUCCUGGCACUGAAUUUGGAAGAAACCGAUGAUAACACAACAAAAGAAGACGAGGAAGACGCUACCGCUGCUUCUACUGAUGUUAUUACUUCUGAAUCAUCUAGCAAUUUAAAGGCUGAUGAUCAAGUGGACAAGGAAGAAGUGGAUAAUUUGUUAUCCGAUGAUGCUAUACUUGAUGCUGUCCUGUCCAACCCCGAACUAUUUCCUUGA